AUGCCUCCCCAUGCGGCGGGCCCCAGCUCCUCCGUCCUCAAGGGCGCGUGGCGGCCCACCAAGAUUAUGAACAUGCGCGACCUCUCGCAUGAUGACGACUUCCUCAGCCACCUCCUGGUUGAGAAACUCGGGACCGGUGGUUUUCCUCUCGUCGUCCACAAGAUGGACCCAUCCAAGAGGCUCCCAAAGACAAACCCGGAGGACCUCAUGCAAAUCAUUCGUCGCCUCGUGGCUUUCAAGGGCCCCAGCCAAACCGCCAUCCGCCAGGCCGUCGAUGAUCUUCUAACGUUGAACGCAGUGCGGUACUAUAUUCAACCAUAUACCCAGAAGCAGACUAAUGCAUUCGCUACGCACGCCUCUCGCUACUUUGAGCUCUAUCUUCCAUCUGGUUCCAUCGAGAUCGCCCACACCUCCCGCUAUUCACAUCGAACAGGCAAAUCCGAACUAUGCAUCCUGGCCACUCGCCCUCUGGUCCCGGGCCAAGUCAUAUCCGAGCUGAAAGGGUCCAUGGCAGAUUUGACAGAUGAAGAAGACAAGGAGCUCAAGGGUACGGACAUUGGACGCGCGGAAGGCGUUGGCAUCCGUCGCGACUUCAGCGUCAUCCACUCUAAGCAACUCAAGAAAAACCAUCUUUUCUUGGGCCCUGCCCGGUUCGUGAACCACGACUGUGACCACAACGUCGAGCUUUUUCGCGAGGGCCGCUACAUCACCUUCCGGGUCAUCAAGCCCAUCGGAGUUGGAGAGGAGGUCACAGCACAUUAUGGUGAUGGUUAUUUCGGCCGCAAUAAUCGUCACUGCCUUUGCCAUACCUGUGAGCUCAACAAGCGCGGUGGAUACGCUGCCCACAGCGACGAGCUGUCAGACUCUGGUUCUUCUCCCGGCGACUCCUCAUCGGACAACGACGAAUCUGACUGGACUACCGAUCGCGAGGAUGCCCAGCCCGCCGUAGCCGUCAACAUCAACGAGCGCCGUACUCGCCGUGGGGUGUAUGCUGUCCUGAAGAAAGAAUCGGCUGGCUCCGACGCGGAGGUGGACGGUGACGCCGACCGUGAUGUUGUUUCAGAGGUCCCUGUCGUCCCACCGAAUGGGCUCCUCACCCCCCACACAGAGACACCUCCUGCGGAGAGCAGACCGGUUUCCGCGGCGUCCACCCCGAGGAAGGCCACACCUCCGAAGACCUUCAUCAUCUCUACCCGUGCCCAGAAGGCGAGGGCCGCGUCCGAGCUCGAGAGCAUUUCCGCUGCCGGGAAGGGCAAGACACGUACUACGACGUCGCGCUCCGCGUCGGGGGCACGGCAGCUCGAGACGCCCCCUCUCACGUCCGAUAACGGCUCCGUAGCCGAAGGCCCCAGCCGGCGGUCGUCUACACGCCUUCGUGCGCGCGGAGACACAGCAGCGCCAUCUGGCUCGCGCGUUCAGACACCAGUGCCGGAUCGCAAGGGCAAAACACCGGCGUCAGGCUGCCAGUCCACUGUCGACGUCGCUGACAUCAAGGGGAAGGGAAGGGAGGACCCGGACAUGGAAGGUCGUUCCCUCCGGAAGCGGCCGACCAUCCCGUCUUUGGUCGAGGCGGCUGCCGUGGCGGCGGCGAAGAAGCCCCAGGACGGGCCCCGGGGCGUGGACGGCAAGCUAUUGCCGACAUGCACGACGUGCAAGAACGUGUUGCCAGUCAUCUCGGUCGAGGACAAGGUGGUUUGGAAUGGUGCGCCAGAGAAAACGGGCAAGCGCGGACGGCCGAAAAAGCAGGUCAACCAGGAGUGCCCCAGGUGUAUGCGGCACUAUGCGAUCUACGCCGUCCGUUGGCCUGAGCGGGCUCCUCUGGAUGGCACCCCCGCCUUCAUUCCUACCCCCGAGAGUUCAGGAGCGCCACUCCCGCUCAUCCUCCCCACAAGAUCAGAGGAACCUGCGACGCCUGCCCCGCCCAAAAGGCAGAAGGUGGCCCCCGCGCCUCCGCGUCCACGCGGCCGCCCGCCGAAGAAUAAGGUCGGGAUGUCCAACAAGGCACGCGAGCUGCUGGGUGUCAGCGAACGCCGCAGCGAACGGACUCGCGUGCCCAGCCUCAAGCUCCGGGAGAGCGAACCGCCUUCAAAACCUUCGCCGGCCAAAGCCCCUGCGUCUACCUCCUCUUCCGCAUCCGAGCCUGAGCGUGUGGCGCCGUCGUCGUCCUCCCUCACUCCACCCAACAGCGACGUGGGUAACCGCCAUCUACGUAGCUCCGGUCUGAACCCGCCGCCGGAGCCUCCCAGCACACCUGUCGUGGUCAAGACCGAAGAGCUCCCGAAACUGCCGACGCCCAAGUCCCUUGCCGUCGCGUCGCAGCCGCGCGAGACCAAUGGCCGCUUCGGCAAGAAGGAGUCGACAAACGGUCGCUAUAUGCGCAAGAACUUCCAUUUCACUGCCGGGGGCCGACGUCUCGUGCGCUCGAAGAGGCUCAGGCAGCUUAUGCAGCACCACCUACCAAGCGACGAUGCGGAAGAUGGUGAAGAGCUGCCGUCCAUUUCCGCCAAGCGUGUCCUCGACGAUGCCGAGGACUUGGACGACGAAGACCGAGGGAAGCGCCGCAAGACCGAGGACGACGAUGUCAAGGUCAAGAUCGAGGGCGAGGAGGCCAGCUUGUCAGCAGGGCCCAACGACAACGACGAGGAUGGCGGCUCGGCGGACGAAGCAGAGUCUAGGCUCUUCCGUCGUCCUACCAUGAUGCCGUCCAAGAAGAGGUUCGGUCUCAACCUCGGGCCCAACCCGCACACAUACGCGCGCCGCAAGUGGGUCCUGUCGGUCUCCUCUGGGGACCAGGAGGACGUCCCGGAAGCGACCACGUCGUCCAGCGUUCAACACUCUACGGACGAAGACCUCGAGGCCCCCGUGACUCCGGGCGACGAUGAAGAUGCCCUGCAGGAGGACAAGUCGCCCGAGGACAACCCCGAUCUUGAUGAUGACGUGAACGAGUCCGACUCUGAGUCGGAGCAGGUGUACUGCCGCCCCAAGAUGUCCUUGAAGUCGGGCUUCGCCGGUGCGCACACCUACAAGCCCAGUCCAUUCAACAUGGCACGACGACGCUGGGCUCCCCCGGUACCCACUCCUGGCGCCGGAUCCAAACUCUCCUCGAAGGUCACUGCAGACGAGCUGGCGGGAGCCGAUGCUGACCCCGGCGCAUCGUCUGAAGAGGAGGGUUUCCGCGGCCCGAGCAUCAUGUCCAUCUACAAGCCCGGCCGACGCUCGUCUUCGUCUUCUUCCGCGCUUGUCGACCUCAGCGACAACUCGGAGAAGAUGCUCGCCGGUUCCCUCCCUCCCGCCGCCCCUGCCUCACCUCAGCGGUCGCCGAGCAUGGGCUGGAAGCAGACCGUGCUCCUGCCCGUAAACGUCCCGUUCCUGCACGCCGCCGCCGCGGUGACCGUUACCGCCGACAUCUCCCCCGCGCCGUCAAAGUUGAUACGGAACGGGUGGGAGAACUCCGACGAAACGGAUUAG